UCAUCAACUUAUAUAUUUAUAUGCCCAACUUAUUUCACCUAUAAGUCAUAUUAAACACCACUUUCUCAUGCAAAACUCAAGCUAUAACAACUAUUAUUUCAUCUAACACCUUAUCUUAGUCUCAUUAUUAUCACUUCAUCAAAUCAAGGACAGGUUUUUGAAAAAAUGGGGAGUGCUGUUUGUGAUGGAAAAUUCGAGCUGGAGAUUAAGAAAGAUGAGCCAACAAGAGUUCCACCAUUGGAGGAAACAGAGAAAGGACAUUACUUCAUGUGUAACUUAGACCAAAACAUAGCUGUUAUAAUGAGGACAAUUUACCUGUACAAGUCACCAGAGAAGGGAAAUAAAGAUGCUGCAAAAGUUGUCAGAGAAUCGCUGUCUAAGGCUCUUGUUCAUUUCUACCCUCUUGCAGGGAGGCUGACAAUCAGUUCGGAGGGUAAGUUGAUUGUUGAUUGCACUGGAGAAGGGCCGCUUUUUGUCGAGGCAGAGGCGAAUUGUUCAGUGUUAAAGCUGGUGGGCAUAGCUAGUGGUGAUCCUAUGGUGCUAAAGAACCUUGUUUAUGAAGUUCCUGGUGCUAAAAAUAUCAUUGAGACUCCUAUCUUUACUGUUCAGGUGACAAAGUUCAGCUGUGGAGCCUUUGCAGUAGGCAUAGCCAUGAACCAUUGUAUGGCUGAUGGAAUUUCUGCAGUAGAGUUCAUUAACUCAUGGGGUGAAAUAGCGCGAGGAUUACCCUUAAGCAUCCCUCCAUCUUUAGACAGAACGAUCCUCAAGGCACGUGAUCCACCACAGAUCGAAUUCCCCCAUAACGAAUUUCUUGAUAUUGAAGAUAUAUCAAACACACAUGAGCUUUACGAAGAAGAAAUGAUGUACAAAGCCUUUCCUUUCAACACUGAGAAGCUAGUGAGACUCAAGGAAAAAGCUUUAGAAGGUGGAGUUUUGAGCAAGUGCACUACUUUUGAGGCAUUAACAGCCUUAGUCUGGAGAGCUCGAUGUAAAUCCCUGAAAAUGCAUCCUGAUCAGCAAACAAAGCUCCUGUUUGCAGUUGAUGGACGGUCUAGAUUUAACCCUGAGCUGCCUAAGGGUUUCUUUGGUAAUGGGAUUGUUCUGACUAACGCGUUGUGCAAAGCAGGGGACCUCAUGGAGAGCCCUUUCUCACACGUGGUGGAGUUAGUUCAAGGAGCAGUUAAGUUAGUUACUGACAGUUACAUGAGGUCUGCCAUAGACUACUUUGAGAUGAAAAGGGCUAGGCCAUCUAUGAACGGUACACUACUGGUAACAGCUUGGUCUAGACUUGCUUUUCAUUCCCCCAACUUUGGAUGGGGAGAGACCAUUUACACUGGACCUGUUGGCGUGCCUGAAAAAGAAGUGGUGUUGUUUCUUCCUAGUGGAGAAGAUCGGAGAAGCUUAAAUGUGCAUCUUGGGAUGCCGGUUUCUGCUAUGAACAUCUUUGAAGAAGAAAUAAUGAAGAUUUAACCAGGACAAAAUUUUAUUUGUCUGGUGUUUCUCCUUACUACUGCAAGAUAAAUAUGUUUGUAUUAUGGUGCAUAGUAUGUCUAUAAUAUAUAGCGAGACGAAUGGAUGAAAAGCUGAAGCUCAAUACCGAUCACUUACCCUAUACUGAAGAUUGAUAUUCUGUUUUCAUGGACUAAAUAAAGGUAGGAGAGUUUUCAAGCUACAAUAUAUCCUUAGUCAUAUGUCUGUUUCUGCCUUAAUGUUGAGUGUUUGUUUCUUAGAGAAGACAAUAAAUUCGCUAAAAUGUAUAAUUACGCAGUGUAAAUGUGGAAAAAUAAAUUAAAUCAUAAUUGUGAAGGAGUUGUCAGAUUGGAA